GCAGUCGCCAUAGGGAGCUUCUGAGGGGUAAGGCUCCGCCAGACGGGUGGAUUUCAGGCCCAGGAUGGUGAUGGCGAUGGUUUGGGCCCCGGUACUGCCCAGGUUGGAUUGCUCUGCUCAGGUCCCUCCCCACCCUGCUCCUGGAUUAUACCCCGGGCUUGGACCCUCUGUCCCCGGCCCGGGCCUCAUGGGAGGUCUGAGACUGCGAAAGCGCCCGGGGGAACCUAGUGUGGGCGGAACUCGAGUGCAGCGGCGGGAGGCUUCCGGGGGAGCCGCAAGGGCAACGGGUCGGCGGAGGCAGAAAAGCGUCGGACGCCGGGCCGAUCAUGGACGCUUGACAACCUGCGGGCAGGCGCCGGGAGGCUGAGCCAGCGACCCAGAGGACGGAGAGGCGGCGAGGACAGAUCUCAAGGCCGGAGAAUGGCAGGUGAACAGAAACCCUCAAGUAACCUCCUGGAACAGUUUAUUUUACUAGCCAAAGGUACCAGUGGCUCAGCCCUCACUGCUCUCAUAAGCCAAGUCUUGGAGGCUCCUGGAGUGUAUGUCUUUGGAGAACUGCUGGAGCUGGCCAAUGUGCAGGAGCUUGCAGAAGGAGCUAAUGCUGCUUAUUUGCAGUUGCUGAACCUGUUUGCCUAUGGAACAUACCCAGAUUACAUAGCCAGCAAGGAGAGCCUGCCAGAACUGAGCACAGCUCAGCAGAACAAGCUGAAGCACCUUACCAUCGUGAGCUUGGCAUCGAGAAUGAAGUGUAUCCCCUACUCCGUGCUGCUGAAGGACCUGGAGAUGCGGAAUCUCCGGGAAUUGGAAGACCUCAUCAUCGAGGCUGUCUACACUGACAUUAUUCAAGGCAAGCUGGACCAGCGAAACCAGCUGCUGGAAGUGGAUUUCUGCAUUGGCCGUGACAUCCGAAAGAAGGACAUCAAUAAUAUUGUCAAGACCUUGCAUGAAUGGUGUGAUGGCUGCGAAGCAGUUCUGCUAGGCAUCGAGCAGCAAGUUCUGCGAGCCAAUCAGUACAAGGAGAACCACAGCCGAACUCAGCAGCAGGUAGAGGCAGAGGUUACCAACAUCAAGAAGACACUAAAAGCCACCGCGUCCUCCUCAGCACAGGAGAUGGAGCAACAGUUGGCCGAACGGGAAUGUCCCCCUCAUGCUGAGCAGAGGCAGCCCACCAAGAAGAUGUCCAAAGUGAAAGGUCUGGUCUCCAGCCGCCACUAGGGCCGGCUGGGGCAGCUGGCACUCACCAGGCCUGGGUCAGGUGGGGAGGGGACACCAAGGGCCUAUUUCCUCCCCUCUCUACCUUCAGUGAGUUCCAGACCUGCCCGUCCCCUCACCAGCACCUCCCCACCCUGUUGGAACUGUUCCAGAAGAACCGUUAACUCUUUUUCCCUCGCCCACUCCCUCCUUCCCUGUUGUUCCCUUCAGACUCAGGGGCUCCACUGAUGCCAUCCCAACAGGGUCAGACACUGCCCAGCUUCCCUCCAGGAGGAUCUCGUCUCUGUUUAAGGGCUUGUCUCCUUCCCAGUUUUCUUUUGCUCCAUGUCAUUGUGUCAGGCUGGUCAUAAGCCGGAGGCAUCUUUAACCGGCCCACCGGGAUGACUGCGAAGGAGGCCCCUCUCUGAUGAGGAGGGGGUAUUCCUCCUCCAGCCCCGUGUACCACAGUACCCACAAGGGUGCAGGCGAUCUCUAGCCAGGUAUCAAAUGCUUGUCCCUCUCCUGCCUUGUUCCUUGUUGGCAGCUCCGAUCAGGCCAUGGAGGGAUGUGAUGCUGGGCUAUGUUUACUAAACCUGCGGGUUUUCAGCCUCUUAAGCCCAGCUCUGAUCUCUCAGUUGGGAGCACUGGGUUGGCUAACAUCUGGUAUCCUGGCACCAGUGAAGGGUGCUGUGGGUCUGCCUGGUGGCAGAAGUUUCUUCCAGCUUGGUCUUCUCUGCUGGCCAUGCUUCCUGCUGCCUCUGACUGACUACUCAGACUGGUUUUCAGUGUGAAGUCCCCAGCUGCACACUGGGGCUGUCUGCCAACGUUUGCUCUCCCAAGAUCUUUAAUUCCUCCUGGCUGCAUUCGUGGUGGGGAUGGUGGUGCCAAGGCCCCCCUAUCUGGUGAAGGACCUGUUGCUGCUUCUGUCUCUUUCCACCCCUUCCUGGCUGAUGACCCAGAGCCCUCUGAUGAUGGCAUUCUCCUGGCAAGAGAAAAGGACUUGACUAGCCUUUCUGAACUUGAACAGUUUCAGGUUAUAUUUUAAUUUUUUUUUUGUACAGGUUCUGAUUAAUACAUUUCAACAUGCUUUUUUUCCCCUUUGUGUCAAUAUUUGUUAUAGACUAAUCGCCGGGGAUUUUUAUCCUGGUUGGAGGGUGGCGUGUGUGUAUGUGUGUGUGUGUUAUGUCUUUUUAAAGGGGAGGUGGAGGUCCUGGACUGAUAUUAAAGUUCGUUGAGGGAAAAAGCACAUUUUAGAACAAAAAAUAAAAGUGUAGAUUUACUGUA